AUGGCUACGGCAUUAGUGACCCCUUCGAUCAGACUCCUCAAUCCGGACGUUUUCCGAGAGGUGUUCCUUCGACUUUCCAAGUACGACCUGCUGGAUGUGGUCUGUGUGUGCUGGGAAUGGAAUCAUGUCGCUCGGAGGCUGAUUGAUCAAAUGCUGGAAAUUGUGGCUUCUGUCAAGAUGCAGGAGGCGAAUCUACGGUUGCUUCGACGACUACAACAGGACUCGGAUUUGCGGCAUCGAGUGAAAGAUCUUGUCGUGAAGGACUGGUACUUGGACGACUUGCCUCCAUGGCCAAAAAUCGGCAGUCAAUUUGAGGAUCCUUGGAUUUCGGGAAAGUGCUUCUCUACAACAUAUAUUGACGAUAACUCCAUGAGUCCGGAUUCUCGGGAUCUCAUGCAACAUAUGUGUUGCGCAUUGGCCUUGAUGAACCUUAGUUCCUUCACGUGGUCAGCACUAUCUCCGAUGCCCAUCACCCUUUUCGAGGUCCUGGCGUCCCGGCCGUCGUGUGACAUUCACAUUCGUCGCAGCGAACGAGCGUACGAAGUCGCUGUCUGGUCACACUCGCCUAUCAUCAACCAUUUGCAGCUACGGUACAUGACCCGUGUGGCUUCACAGCUCACAACACUGGAGCUACUGCUACCCUCGGAAGACCCCCUGAUACUUUCCAGCCUGGGCAGGCUCGUUGUGCUGUCGCCGAGACUGAAGUCUUUGAAGAUUUAUACUCUCGGGAAACUCUGGGGUGGCUCCAAAGUCCACUUCGUGUUCACAAGGCCUUCGCGAGGAACUGUCUUUGCUCCUGUACGCUCGAUGGAGUGGUUGCAAAGCCCGCUCUUGUUGGCCGGACGACAGCUUGCGCUUGAAACGCUUGAGCUGGACAACUUUUGCGUGUGUCGAAUUCGGGACUUCGCCCUCAGCAGCAUUACAGAUGUUUCGAAGCUACGAAGGAUAGGCUUGUCUUGCUUCAGCUUUCUGAGGAAUGGACCUUGCCCCUUGAAUAUUCGCUCCUUCCGCCUUCAUUGCCACAAUCCUGCAGCUUUCGAAGACCAAUACUGCGAAAAGUUGUGGACCUCGAGUGAGGUGCAGGAGAUGGUCUCACGUUGCUAUUUUCUCACAGAGGUCGAGCUGCUAGACGGGGCAGAUAUUUUGAGCGGACCUGUGCUGGAGCGUUUGGGAAAGCAAUUGACCGGUCUGAGACUCCGUCAAGUGAUUUGGCCGAAUUCCGUCUCUUCAUACGAUUUGGAUGCCAUCAGUAAGACUUGCCCUAGCCUACGCGCUUUGGAUAUUGACAUUCCGAACGCAAAGCUGUUCUCUCGCUUCAGCUCUGAAGUCACAACAUUGUUCCCUCGCCUUGAACGCUUGACGGUAUGUCGAGGUAGCGAAGGACAUCUGAUCGUAGAUUUCUUUACGCCAGACCCGCACCGCUGUUCGGCUACUCUUGCUGAUCUUCGGGCUACCUGGGACGAAAUGGCGGCUGGAGAGUCCAACCUCGUAGAGUUGACCUUGCACUUUGGUUUCAGGAAGGCUUGGGACAGAGAUAUCACUUUCUUCACGACGGGAAGGCCGUACGCCGCUCAAGCCGAAAUCGGGUCCAGGUCACAUACUGCUCAAGCCGAUUUACCCGCCAGAUUGGUAGGGGAUAAGCAACAAGUGGAGACUAGAUGCGUUGAAAUUGACGAAGCCCGCAAGGCGAUUGCGCACCGAUGGCAGUGGCUGGACGGGUUCUUUGUACGUCAAAACAGUUGGGAAGAACGAUUGAAUCAUCUCGAUGAAGUGGCUGUCCGCGGGCUCUAUCUUGUUCGCCGGCGAACGCCCAAUGCGCAAGGAGAGUUUACGCAAAGAGCGAUGUAG